AUGCAGCUCCUGGUGAGGGUGCCGUCUCUUCCGGAGCGGGGCGAGCUGGACUGCAACAUCUGCUACCGGCCCUUCAACCUCGGGGACCGCGAGCCCCGCCGCCUCCCCGGGACGCGCGCCCGCUGCGGCCACACGCUCUGCACCGCCUGUCUGCGCGAGUUGGCGGCGCGUGGCGACGGCGGCGGGGCGGCCGCGCGCGCAGUGAGUCUGCGCCACGUCGUCAUGUGCCCCUUCUGUCGCACGCCCACCCUGCUCCCGCGCGGCAGGGUCACUGAAGUCGCUGUCAACCCGGACUUGUGGUCACGCUUGGAGGCAACAGAGCGGGCCGCGCACGAAUCUAAUGGGGCGGGUGGUCCAGUUCGGAAAAGCGGUGAUGCGGCCGAGAGGCCGAUGACUGGAAACGGAGAGAAGGGGGCGGGGCCUAGGAGCGCGCGAUGGCGUGAGCUCCUGCGGCCCUGGGCCCGGGUGCUGGCACCCGCGCGCAGGUGGCGGCGCCCGCUGCCUAGCAACGUGCUGUACUGUCCGGAGAUCAAGGACUCGGCCCACAUGACCCGCUGCACGCUGUAACCGCGGAACCCUGAAGCUACGGCAGAAGAAAGGCGGGAGCUGCAUUCUCGGGGUGCGCUGUACUACAAGGAACUGGUGCCAAGCCCACCCCCUGUCAUGUCCCGGAGUGUCACGGAUGAGGGAGGUGAGCCAAGGGCGGAAGGGAACGCCCUGGGAGGUGUUGAUGCUGCGCUGGGGAGGCUCCUAGACGAAUCGCCCCCGACUGUGCCAGCCUUGCAUAUUCAGGAUGGAAUGGCCCAGGGAGGAUAGAAACAAAGUCUACGUUCCCGUGGGAAGCAGACAGACUAUUUCCCUAGCUGUGACUUUGGCUUUUGUCCAGGGCAGCUCUGAUGUGUGGGAGCAACAGGUCCCAUUUUAGCAAUUCUGUGUCAAUGAUUUGAAAGUUUAAAAAAGACGGAACGGGAGAGAAGAGGCUGAUUUCCAUAUCAUAUUAAUCUCACUUCUCUAGCACCUAAGAGAACUGAGAAAAAUAAACCGUACCCCCCCUACUCCCUCCGCUGGUAUGCCUACUAGUUUCCCCCUUCCCAGUACUGUGUUCCUAAAAUUGUCAAGACGCAUCCCCACCUAUGAGAUUAGGAGCCUCGCUUCAUUUCAGAAUCUCCCUUCAACCUGCUAGGGCAGGUAUGACGACGUCCAAAGGGCAUUUAUCCGAGUCACCUCAUUAGGGCCUAUCAAGGAUAGGAGGGAGAGCCAUUUGGCUAUGGCAGUGAAUUGUAAACUUUCGAUAUUAUUUUUACAGCCACAAGGAAACACUGUCACUACUGAAAAAAGAUGCUCAUCAUACAAUUUUAAACUUGUGUCCCAUAUUUAGACAUCACCUAUUUCAGGGCAGGGGUUCAAUUUAAAAGUCCUGUUCGUAUCUUGUGAUCGUAGAGUUACAGUCAAGGACCAGCAGCAUCGGCAUGACUGGGAGCUUGUUGGAAGUGCAAAAUCUCAGGAUUUCACUUCUGACUUACUGAAUUAGACUCUGCAUUUUAACAAGAAUCCCAGGUGAUCCAUUUAAAUAAAAAUUUAAGAAGCACUGGUCCAGGUCCUAGACUAUGUUACAUUUUCCCCUGAGUUAAAAAGGGGAACUUAUUAAGAAUAAACCUCAAUUUUUCUAACUAUGUUUUUACCUUUUUCCUUUCGUUAAGUCUCAGCUUAAAUAUUCCCUCUUUGGGGAGGUCUUUCUCGGCUUUCAAUCUGGUGUAGCCCCCUCCCUCACCCUCUGUAAUACAAUGCCUUGUUUUUUUACUUUUAUUUUCUGAUAUGUGUUUUGUUGGUGUCCUGCACUACAGUGUAAGCUCCAUGACAGCAGUGACUAACUUGUGACUGUUGUAUCUCCAAGGGCAACAGCAGUGUUUUUAACAUGUACUCAAUAAAUGCUUGUUGGAAUUACAUUUUUUAAUAUAAUAGCCUCAAAAAUUGUCUGGUCUCUCAGCCUCUGAGAAGCUCUGGUAGUGAAUACAUGUCAAGCUGUAGUGUCCAGCGGUUCAAAUCUUUAGCAAGCUAUGCAGGUCUGACCCCCCACCCCCCAGCUCCUUUAAAAUAAAAGUGUGCUUCUGCAACUGGGAACUGAACCUAUGAAGCUGUAGUGACCUCUACUGACUCUUGGCAGAACUAAACAAGCUGAAGGUGGAAAGGACGAUCAAAAGGAUGAAUGGAAGGCAGUUCUGAAACUUAUCAGGCACCCCUCCCACUAAACUUCUGUCCAGUAAUUCCUGCUAUCUCUCUGAUCUCAACCUGAGGCCUGUGGAGGUGUCCUGCUGUCACCCUCCAUCUCCGCUGAGCUCAUCACACUGGGGUGAGGGUUGGAAAAAGAGCCUUGGAGUUGUAGCUGAUGAUCCAACAAAUAAAAAUGAGAAAAAGGAAAAGUCACAAGAUUUAAAAAAAGAGAGAAAUGGGUAAUAGGAAAUGGCAGGAAGCAACACCCUUUCUUUCCUCAUCCCUCCCCA